CCGAGGCGCUUGUGAGUGCCUCCCAGCCGUGCAAAUGGAGCAGUUGCCAUGCAUUGUGAAUGAAAAGUAUGAGGAAUAUAUAGGCUGGAGGGCAUGGGGGAGGUAGGAGGGCAGACAAUACAUAAGCACAGAGGACAAGGAAGGACGAAUGCUGGAGCGCACGGGGGAGGUAGAAGGACAAACAUCAUGCAAGCACACCCAGCAGACAAACCAGAAAAAAAUACAAGUCCCAAGAAAGUUGGACCGAAAAAAUAAAAGAUGAUGAUGAUAGAUUGUUUCGCUGGAGUUGCACCAACUCGUCAGGAGGCUGAACCCUUGACAAUCUGCGAAUGCCCGUAUUGAUGGUCUGGGUCAUGAAUCAUUUGACCCAUGUUGAAGGCAGACUGUCCCUAGGGCCCAAGGGGAACAUAGCAGCGGGCAGCAACCCUGUGGAGCACCAGGCAACGCAGAAGAGGCAACACGGCUGCUCAGUGCCAGAAACGACGGCAAGGAAUGACACAGCACCCAGGACUUUCAGCACGGCAACCACGCAGUGAAGCGCCAGGCAACACCACCAAGGCAACCACACUGCAGGGGACGACAGGGCAAGCGGACAAGCAGCAGAGCAACCAUGCAGUGAAGCACAAGGCAGCACCAACACGGCAACCGAACUACAAGGCGCGCAAGCGGACAAGCAGCAGAGCAAACAUGCGGUGAUUCAGAAGCACAAGGCAGCACCAACACGGCAACCGAAGUACAAGGCACGCAAGCGAAGGACACGAAUGGCAAGGCCACUGGAAGGGUGGCAAGGCAGCAGAGCAGCAAUGCAAAAGGCAACACCACAACCCCGCCACACCACGCAGCGAAGACAGCAGCUUGCCAAGAACGACCUGCGAAGCAAGUGGAAUGGGCAGCAGGGCCGUGGCAGAGUGCAGACGAGGCAGUCCACACAUCCAACAUGAAGCAAAGCGGCACAUCACCUACUCACAUCGAGGGUGAGCCCCGCACACUGUUGGUUCCCACCACCCACCGAGCCCGGGAGACACUCCGACGAGCAUCCAUCAUCACCCACAGGCAACACAGACAUCCCGAACCGAGCGUCCCUAAGGGUGCAGUAGGCACCCCAAAUGAGGAACCACCGACUGUUUGGCACUACUUGAAGGUGCUCAGUUGGGCAUACAAAAAUACUCAGAAAAAAGUAGGCGGAAAAACAAACAUACCAAAAACUGAUUUUGUGUGUGUGUGUGUGUGUGUGUGUGUGUGUGUGUGUGUGUGUGUGUGUGUGUGAGAGAGAGAGAGAGAGAGAGAGAGAGAGAGNGUGUGUGUGUGUGUGUGUGUGUGUGUGUGAGAGAGAGAGAGAGAGAGAGAGAGAGAGAGAGAGAGAGAGAGAGAGAGAGAGAGAGAGAGAGGUGCUGUUUACACGACUUUGCAGCCAUGACUGCCUGUGCAGCUCCGGCUCGAGUGGCAGUUCUGCUGUAGCUGUUGCUCCUACUGGUAACUUUUCUUAUGAUCGUUUAACUUGUUGUUUUUUUAUUUACUGAGGUGAGAUUUGCUGAGGUGAUAAGGUGGCUGGAUAGGUGAUAGCUGUCUCCUAAACCGCGAGUUCAUGCGAAGCAGAGGACUGCUCUAAGACUUGCGAGUUUACGUGGCAAGAGCAUUUCUAUUUGGUUGGGGCAGGUAGCAAAAGCUGCAGGAUACUUUGAAAUGGCACAGCUGCAGGCUCGCGAGCUUUGAAACGUAGUUUCGUCGACUUUAAGUUAGGUUUGUGUGAACCGGUGGCUUGUGUGAACUGGUGGUGUAAGUGUAAGGGUUGUUCGAAGACACGAACUCUGAGCCUGCAACUGCACCAUUUCAAAGUAGCCUGCAGCUGCACGUGGACAGCCAGUCUGGCUAAGUUCUCCUUCUGUUCUUCGGUUCCAACUUCCCAUUUGUUUCUGGUGUACUUUUGAAUUCUUUUUACUUUUCUACUUUCUGCCCCAUGGGUGCGCGGAAGGUCAUCAAACGCUUGAGAAUGUGAGAGUAUCGGCAUGCUAUAUUAUCCUGCGGCACGAUCAUGUGGGAUGUCGUCCAUUAAGAGGGGGAGGAAGAGGAAGAGGGGGCGAGGGAGAUUCACAUUGCUUCCAAGUGCCCUGCCCAAACUGCUGCUAUUUCGGCAAACGGUCGAGGAUACCCAAUCGUAUUCUUUGGUAUGUUUACACCUUUUUCUUCCCUUGCAAUAAACCUGAGCAUUCCAUCACAUC